GAAUGGGAUGCCUAGUUGGAUAUCGACGUUCUUCAUUGUGCCAUGCUAAGAGUAACGAGAUUCGUGUCAUUGUCUCAGUGGGAUUGCACAACGUCAUCUGACCCAUGAUCACUCCUGCGGGUCCUCAUACCAGAAGGGGAGGGCUGACUGGCUGGCGGCUGCACGGCCAGUAGGGUGAGAGACAAGAAACGGCUGACUUGGGGAUCAAGGCGCGGAAGGAGAGCGACCGGUUCUUUCAUUUCGAUCCCCUCUCGUUAGAAUUCAUUUGAAACCGAGGAUAUGAAAAAAUCGAACCCAUCAAUCUGAUAUCAUCUGCGGUUUCCUGCCUCCCUUCCCCACCUCUCCCUCCCGUCUUCCUCCGCCGUUCUUUGAUUCCGCCAUAUUACUAUGAUUCUCCCUCUGGCUAAACUUGGGACACUAGCAUUGAGGACCCUCGCCAAGCCCAUCGCUAGCAAGCUCAAGAAGGAGGCGGGCCGGCAUCCGAGGUUCCGGCAUUUCAUCAUCAGCAUCGCCCAGGCUAAUCACAGAUUUUCAACAAAUAUGCAAAGGCGCCUGUAUGGGCAUGCGACUAAUGUUGAGAUCCGUCCUCUCAACGAAGAGAAAGCUGUUCAAGCUGCGGCAGAUCUUCUUGGUGAAUUUUUUGUGUUCUCGGUAGCAGGUGUCGUAGUGGUUUUUGAGGUGCAAAGAAGUUCUAGAUCUGAGGCUAGAAAAGAAGAACUACGGAAGGCAGAACUUGCAGCUAUGAAAGAGAAAGAAGAUGAUUUAGCUAGAGAGAUAGAACUUCUUAAGCAAAAGAUCAAUGAGCUGGAGCAACUUGCCCAUGGAAAAGGGCUUUCAGGCAUUUGGAAAUUCAGACAUUCACAGCCAGCAGAGCAGGACCAACCUACUGCUGCUGCAUGACCUCUAUUUGUGAAUGCUCCACAUUGACGGUUCACUGUUUAGGCCUGUUUUCAUAAAUUGUAACCACUUACCCUCUAAAUGAUCAUCAUUCAUCUCUGUAAAAUGCAAUUAGCUGAAGCAAAUAAAGAUUUUUGUGCUUGGAUUUGUUGGA